CGCCCUCCCGCCGCACGUGGGACUGCGAGAUGCCGUGCAGGGGCCAAGGAGGCGAGGCGAGGCGGGGGCGGGAUUAUUGUCUUUCUCAUAAAGGAAUGGGAGGGGCUCUGCGUACACGUAGAAUUCACAGGAAGUCUGAGGAGGGGGUGUGCUGCUUCAAUGAUGUUAUAGACUCUCCCACCCAAGGCUUUCCAUGUGCUCUUGCUUCUGCUGUCCUCAACAAGACUGUGGACUUGUUUGAGAUGAUUGAAAAAAUGCAGGGGAGUCGUCUAGAUGAACAAAGAUGUUCCCUUCCAGCUCCUCUCAAGACAGAAGAGGAGUAUAUUCCUUACCCCAGCAUCCAUGAGGUAUUACAGAAAGGAUGGCCAUAUCCUCUCAUCAUCUUACCCCAGUUUGGGGGCUACUGGAUUGAAGGGACCAGCCACAACUUCUCCAGCUUGAGUCCAACUCUGUCUGAUGCCCCAUUUUCCUGGAGUGGAAAAGUGAAACUGGAGAGUGACCCUACAGCCAAGCUGUACCGCAAACAUUUUCUGGGGAAGGAACACCAGAACUUUUACUCCAGUGACAUGUCCUUGGGCUACCUGGUACUUUCUGUGAAGUAUGAACAGGUUGACAAACAGGAAAAUCUACGCCUUUUGCUGAGGACUCGAACUGGCACCAAACAUGAUCUGAUCCCCAUUUCAUGUCUGAACGAGUUUCCCAGUGCUGUCCAGAUGGCAAAGCUGCUUUGUGAGGAUGUGAAUGUUGAACGCUUCUUUCCAGUCCUCUACCCCAAGGCUUCACAGCUUAUUGUUGCAUUUGAUGAGCACGUUAUAAGCAAUAACUUCAAAUUUGGGGUCAUCUACCAGAAAUCUGGGCAGACAACCGAAGAAGAAGUCUUCAGCAACACAGAAGAGAGUCUGGGUUUCCUGGAGUUCCUGGAUUUCCUUGGAGACAAGAUUCAGCUGCAGGAUUUCUGUGGGUUCCGGGGAGGCUUGGAUGUCACUAGAGGUCAAACGGGCACUGAGUCAGUGUAUACAAAUUACCGAGGCAAGGAGAUCAUGUUUCAUGUGUCUACAAAGCUGCCUUUCACAGAGGGAGAUUCCCAGCAGCUUCAGCGGAAGCGUCACAUUGGGAAUGACAUUGUAGCCAUCAUCUUCCAGGAUGAAAGCACACCUUUUGUCCCCGAUAUGAUUGCUUCUAAUUUCCUACAUGCUUAUGUGGUAGUUCAGCUCACUCAUGACACGACUGGGGACACUUUCUACAAGGUUUCAGUCACAGCCCGAGAUGAUGUCCCCUUCUUUGGACCCCCUCUGCCAAAUCCAGCCAUAUUUAGAAAGAGUGCAGAGUUUCGUGAAUUCCUUUUGGCCAAGCUCAUCAAUGCUGAGUACAGCUGCUAUCGAGCUGAUAAAUUUGCUAAAUUAGAGGAAAGAACUCGGAGUGCCCUCUUGGAGAGCCUUUUUGAGGAGCUGCAGCUUCGCAGCCGCAGUAUGAUGGGGUUGCCCAUAGGGGAGGAUGACAAGAUAGAGAAUGGCAGUGGGAGCUUCCUUGAGAAUUUCAAGCGGGUGAUUAGAGGCCGCAGCCAGAGCCUGGAUACCAUGGGGAUAUCCAUGAGAAAGCAGCAGCCAGCCACCCUGCCCAGCCGCCCAGCUACACCUGGCCUUGCUCUCAGCCAGAGUGUCACCGAGGGCCCUAAGGCCAUUGCUGCGUCUUUUGCCUUGCCUGGUAGGAGCCCCUCACGUACUCGAGCUAGCCGGUUCCAUGGGCGACGGAGUAGUGCCAUUGGCAUUGAGAACAUACAGGAGGAAAAGAGAGACACUGCAGAGAGGAUACAGAAGGUGCUGGACAGUCCAGGAACUUUCUUUGACCUGAAGUCUGAUGGAUCCUCCAGUCCCAGCUCUCCAGAAUUCCCCAGGAGGAUAAGCAAAAUGCUCAGGAGUCAGACUUCAGGAUACUGUGUGAUGCAGCCAUUCUCAUGUUCUUCAUCCAGUGUAAGCAGUUGUUGUAGUAGUUUGAGGGAAAAUGAAACAUCUGAGGAAGAGGAGAAUGACAGGGAGCUGAUGUGCUCUCUUAAGGGCCUUCCAAAACAGGAUUCAGUGGUUCAGACUAUGUGGCUGGAUGACAGUGACUGCACACCCAGUACUUCCAGCUCACCAGGAAGCAGGUUGCUUCCUUCCAGCAGUGUUGCUGGCUCCACUAGAAAAGGAGAAGGCAGCAAAGCAGAUGCUCAGCACCAGAGGCCUCCAUGUUGUGCUGUGUGUGAGGUCACCGCUGGAGGACUGUCUCGGUGCACACUGGUGAGGAGCACAGGUAUCAGACAUGGAGAAGUGCUGUAGACCUGUGGUUCAGGGUGAAGACAGGCCGCUGGGCCAUCCUUGGUCUCACUGGAAGAGUACAGCAAGUAUUGUAAGCCUUCACAGUAAAUACAGUAAAUCCUAUACCUUCUUCCUCAAAUGAUCUUCCAUAGCCAGUUGGCUCUGGACUGUUUAAUCUACCUUUCUUGGUUGCCUGCUCUCUCUCAGGGACAGCAUUUCUCAUUGAAACACCUCUCUCUGCCCUAAGUCUAUGUUCAGUUUUAUUCUCUCCUUUAUUGUUGGGUUUCCUUUGCUCAGAUGCCAUCUACCUUUCUCUGCAGCUAUCCUCUGCUUCCUAUGGUUUCAUUAUUUUACUGAACCACUUUCUUUUUCUCAUUUUGUGACUUUGAACCUAUCUCUAUGCUUGCUUGUUUGCUUUCUGCCUAGUAUUGGUGGAACAUACAUCUCCAUUCCAAUUUCACAGCUUUUCAAGACAUGGGAAGUAGGACUGGAUGUCCUACUGAGGUCUGUGAUAGAGCAAAGGGGAACAGAACUCCAGGUUUGUUCCCUAGAGUUCAUAGUCCAGUUUUGCCUGUGUCACUGAGAGUCUCUCUUUUGGCUUGAAGUCCCUUUCCUUGCCCAGUAUUUUCUCUGGCUUGACAGCUAAACAGCAUGCUACUUUGCAAGUGAUAUGAGACUCUCAGGAGCUAGUUUGGCAUAUAGCUAAGUAGAAGAGGUGUCAUCUUUAAGGAAGAAAACUAUUCCAGCUAUUCCUAAAUAAUUGGCAGUUCUUAUUAAGGCUUAACAUCUGCCCCAAUGCCUAGUAAAAAGACACAACAGUUUAGAUCCUCAAUGUUUUUUCAAGUAAUGCUCAGCUUUUAGCUGCCCUGGUGGCAUUCAGAGCAGCCAGAUAAACAGUUCAACUCAGUGUGGUGGCAGCUGUUGGUGUCACAGCAGAGUGACAUUUACAGACAGCAGAUCUGAAAGUGAAGCGAUGUAAAGAAGCUGGUACUCAGUGAUGAGACUACUGCCAAAGAUAAGUACUGAGAAUGUCAGUAAAGCUGCCAGCCACUGUUUACUGGGAUAAUCAUCAGAGUGUCUGCCAAGAGCUUGUGCUCACAAUCAGGUCUCUGUAACGCAGGAGUAAGGUUGCCUAACCAGGAGGCAGAACUUCCUCAAAGCUCUGCUCCCAAGCAGGCAACUUUUGCACAAAGCAAGUAUAGAGUCAGAAUUGCGACAAUAUGCAUACUCACUGAUAUAAAUGCAAAGGCUGUAACCACUUACUAGUCACAGGCAAUAAGUAAUGUAAGGAAAAGCCUGAAUUUAGAUUUUGCUAAUCUUCGUAGUGUUUAAGUACUAUUUUAGUACCCAAGGCUUUGAGCAUUUAAUUUCCACUGACUUCAAGUAGGUCUAAGGGCCUUUAAGGUAAUUUUGGGAAAUACGUAUCUCAUUCAGUCCAUCUGCCAAAUCAACAAUGUUCUGUCACAAAGGCUGUAUUUUUUCAGCCAAGCUUGUUCAAAGGACAAAGUUUCUUAAGACCUUGGCUUUCACCAAGGGAUUAUUUCAAUAUAUUCCUUGCAUUCUCCCCAGCUGAGUUCAUUACCUCCACGAAACUUCAUUUUACCCAUUUGUGAGACAGCACUGCCCAUGGCAGUGGCCUCAGGUCAGUGAGGUGAUCUAGCUUAAAGUGAUGUUUCAGUCAUUCAAUUUUUAUCACAACCUCAAAAUCUGUUUGAUAGCACAAAUUGGAGACUAGCAGAUUUCAAGGGGAAAAUGGUAAAAAAAAUUAUUUUACAUGGCUUCAAGGGACUCAGAGAAACCUAUGGCAUCCACAUAGAUAGAAGCAUUGAAUUGUUUUGGUUGGAAAACACCUUUAAGAUCAUCAGGUCCAACCAUUAACCUAACACUGUCAAGUCCACCUCUAAUCCAUGCUCCUAAGAACCUCAUCUAUGCAUCUCUUAAACACCUCCAGGGAUGGUGACUCCACCACUUCCCUGGGUUGCCUGUUACAAUGCCUGACAACCUUUUCUGUGAAGAAAUUUUUCCUAAUAUUCAAACUAAACCUCCCCUGGCGCAAUUUGAGGCCAUUUCCUCUUGUCCUACCACUUAUUACCUUGGAAAAGAGACUGACACCCUCCUCAUGACAACCUCCUUUCAGGUAGUUUUAUAGGGUGAUAAGGUCUCCCCUUAGCUGCCUUUUUUCCAGGCUAAACAGCCCCGGUUCCCUCAGCCGCUCCUCAUCAGACCCCUCACCAGUUUCAUUACCCUUCUCUGCACUCUCUCCAGCACCUCAAUGUCUUUCUUAUAGUGAGGAGCCCAAAACUGAACACAGUAUUCAAAGUGGGGCCUCAUCAGUGCUGAGUACAGGGGGACGAUCACUUUUCUAGUCCUGCUGGCCACACUAUUCCUGAUACAAGCCAGGAUGCUGUUGGCCAUUUUGGCCACCUGGGCACACAGCUGACUCAUGUUCAGCCGGCUGUCAACCUCCACCCCCAAGUACUUUUCCACCAGCCAGCUUUUCAGCCACUCUUUCCCAAACCUGUACCGUUGCAUGGGGUUGUUGUGGCUUAAGUGCAAGACCCAGCACUUGGCCAUACUGUACCUCAUGUAGUUGGCCUCAGCCCAUUGGUCUGGCUGGUCCAGAUCCCUAUGUAGAGCCUUCCUGUCUCUGUGCAGAUCAAAACUCCCACCCAACUUGGUGUCACCUGCAAACUUACUGAGAGUACACUUGAUUCCCUUGACCAGAUCACUGAUAAAGAUAUUAAACAGAACUGGCCCCAAUAGUGAGUUCUGGGGAACACAACUUGUGACCAGCUGGAUUUGACUCUGCCCACCACAACUCCUUGGGUCUGGCCAUCCAGCAAGUUAUUUACCAAUGAAGAGCACACCAGUCCAAGCCAUGACCAGACAUGUUCUCCAGGAGAAUGCUGUGGGAAACAGUGUUCAAGGCUUUACUAAUGUCCAGGUAGACAACAUCCACAGCCUUUCCCUCAUCCACUAAACACAUCACCUCUUCACAGAAGGAGAUCAUGUUAGUCAAGCAGGACCUGCUUUUCAUAAUUUUUCAUGGUUACUGGGACUGAUUGCACGGUUGUCCUGUGCAUGCCAUAUGAUGGCACUCAAGAAGAUUUGCUCCAUAACCUUCCCCAGCACUGAGGUCAUGCUGACAGGCCUGUAUUUCCCUGGAUCCUUCUGGCUGUUCUUGUAGAUUGGCAUCACAUUUGCUAACCUCUAGUCAACUGGGACCUCCCUGGUUAGCCUGGACGGCUGAUAAAUGAUGGAAAGUGGCUUGGUGAGCAGCUGUGCCAGCUCCCUCGGUACCUUUGGGUGGAUCCCAUCUGGCCCCAUAGACUUGUGCAUGUCUAAGUGAUGUAGCAGGUCAUUAAACAUUUCCCCUUGGAUUAUUUGGGCCUCAUUCUGCCCCCUGUCUUCCAGCUCAGGGGGCUGGGUAGCUGGAUCACAACUGGUCUUACUAUUAAAAACUGAGGUAAGAAGGCAUUAAGUACCUCAGCCUUUUCCUCAUCAUGAUAACUUCCUUGUCAUUCUAACUCCUAAAUGAAUGUAGCCUCUUACAUAUCUUACAAAAGUUUCCUUCAAUUCCAGGCUGGAUUUGCCCAAAGACUAAUGGGUGUUGGGUGGAAAGGAGGAAGGAGUUUUCAAAUUAUAGGAUAUUUCCUGAAGAGCUGAAAGAGGUGUAAGAAGAACAAAUGAUACUUCCACAAUACUUACAGCUGUAAGAACAUGAGGGAUAUAGAUUAUUUUUCUGAUGCUUUGGUCCAGGAUUUGCUGUUCAAGUGAACAAGCAUGAAUAUGCUUUACCUUAAAGUUAAGAAAGAAACAAAAAAUGGAAUUCCAGCUGCUGCCAGUUCUUCUGCUUUCUUCAGUGAUGUGUCAGAGACAGCUAGGAAUCAUUGAGAAAUCAAGCCUCAUACGAACCCAAUUCAUUUGAGUGUGUUAUUCCAAUUCAGCCAAUAUAGGACCAGCUUCAAACUAUUUCUAACUACUGUAAUUAGAAGUGAGAGUGAAAAAUGAAGUGUUUUCGUUUAAAUGUUGUUUGCCUAUCUUUCCCACUGCAGUCUAUAUGAGGGGAAGCCCCUCAUUGCCAUAACCAAAUCAUUCUUGGAUAAGCAGCAAUUAGGUGAUCCUUGAGGAAGCAAAACACAGUCUGGUUCAGUUACCAACUAAACUCACAUGGGAUUCACCACUGUCCUCCACAGACAUUAUUGUAAAACUGAUGUUAGUCAAAAACCCCUGCAAGGUCUGGGGUUGGUGCCUGAGAAUCCAUGUGUGUGGUGGUCUCCUCAAAUGUCAGUCACUGCAGAGCAAGGUGUGUACAAUACUGUCCAGGAGGGGAACAGUUUCUUUCAAAAUUUCUGAUUGCUUCCCCAGAUUUUUCUUUGGGCUUUAGUUGUCCCUCUCUCUUCCACUUUUCUCUCUUGCGUCCACUCCAACUGCCAUGCUACAGAGUAAAAGGAAGCAUGAAUAGCUUGUCCUGUAGUUCUACUGUCUAUGUAGUACCUUUGACUUAAAAUAAAAGGAGAAUGUGGCCAGCUUUUCUUUGGCUGUGUGUGUUUCUAAAGGACAAGCAGGAAGACAUGAGAAAUCCAGUGAUCACAGUCCCAUAACAACAAAUUAAUCCUCAUGCUUUUAGGGUAAGAGAAACUGAACUAAUGGGGAAAUAACAAUGUUUAAUCCAUAAGAAGUUAAAUAUUUAAUGUUUAAUCUUUAAUGUUAAUCAUUAAUCUUUGAAAGAAAAGAAGCACAUUUGUAUUGGUAAAGACCUCACCAGACUGGUAAUACUGGCAAACCUUGAACUUUUUCCUAAUUAGAGAUAGGACUGAGCUGUAAAGUGAACUGUUAAAGACGAGAAAGCCACCUCUUCAUAAAAUCAGAUACAUUCAGAUAAUCUGAAGACUGAUCAUGUACAUGUAUAUUUUCCCUUUUAUAUAUUUCCCCAGGACUUUUCACAUCUUGUGGCUUGGAACUGAUGGAACUGGCCCCUGCCAUUUUUCACCUGCAAGACAAACCAGCACAAAAGAUAAAUUUUAAUAUGUAGAAGUGAUUUGCCAGUCACAUUUCUGCAGUACAAUGACUGGUCCUACUCCUCUUUCGAAGGGUAAAUACUGAUGAUGGAAUACAGAUUUUUAUCUUGUUUGGCCAGCUCCAAAAAUCCUUCACUGUCUAGUCACAACUGAAGCUGCACAGAAGAAUUACUUUCCUCGUCACAGAUAAGAGAUUCUACAGGUCUGUGGCACCCCACAUGAGGGUGAAGCCAAUAUUUUUUAGGACUCCUUUUUUGAAGGGCUGGGGCUAAGGAAAAGAAAAAGGGUGGAAGGCUGGGGAGUCAGAGAAACAAAAAUAAAAUCUGUUCCAGUUCUUGGACUAGAAACCAGACCACAACAUUCCAAUCAGCGUUAGUGACUAUCAUAGUGCGUGUUGUGAAGUGAAUCUUCCUCAUUCUCAUUUUCAUCAAGAAUAUUUUUUUUUUAAUCAGAAACCCAUCAGAAAAGAAUAUAAGCCUCCAAAAAUUCCCUUAUUUUUAGGCCUAUGACUAAUUUUAAUUUACAUUAAUUAAGAUUUUCUGCUGAAGUUUUUCAACAAAUGCAUCAGAGCUAAUUAUGUGCAUAACUCUUUAUUGUGAUGGCUCUCCUGCCAAAUCUUGAGAUCAAUAAUCAAAAUGCCCUCUGACUCACUUAAAAGCAGCUGACUAAGUUUUAUUAGUUAUCACAACCUAUUCAAAUUAUCUUUAAGAGUUCAUAUUUUAUUAACAGCAAAAUGAAAAGAAGUAUGGCCAAUAUAUGAAUUUCUGUUAAAAAGUCGUGUAUUUGCAUAAUUAUAAGUUAUGGAUUUGGGAGCUGUGCUAAUGUGCUUUUUAUUAAGAAGGAACAGAUAUUAAAUGAAAAAAAAAAAAAAAAGUAUCAGCCAUAGUCUUAAUCUUAGCCAAGAUCUAAUGCCCAGUACCAAAAGGUUAAACACGAACAUACUGAAAACUAAAAGAGUGUCAAUAGUAACUUCAGAAUGGCAUGUGUCACACAAAGCCUUGAAACCAAGAGAGAAUGGAGAACUCAAGUUACUUCUUGUUUUGAAAAGGACUACAUCUUUGGUCACUCUGACUCUACUGAGAUACACUCCAGUCAGCAGUUUCAUCCCAUGAGAAGUAUACCCAACAUUCUUUAAUAUUUGAAAGACACAAAGAGUGUUUUAUUUAGCUGUAUUACAUAUUUCAAUAAAAGAGGGUGAAAGCAUGAAAUCCAAAGUGAUGUUAUUAAAUAUACUCACCUAUAAUGCUGCCUAGCAGCUCUAAACGAUCGGAGCCAAAAAAGAGAUGAGGUUCCCCAUUAAAAUGUGCCACAACAGUAGGCAUCCCAAAUGCCUAUUGACAUCAUGGAGAUGAAACAGAGAAUUUUAUAAUGAGAGAAAUUUUUGCAGAGACAUGAUCAAUCUUCAGGAAUAAAAAGUAAAAACUUUUGACUUUUUUCCCUUCCCUUCUUUUCACCUCUUUCAUUCUUAAAGAUGAAUCUAAUGGAGCUAUAAAAAAAGUAAAGGACUCUCCAGAGCCUGUGUGCCCUUUUGAAGGAACAAAAAAGCAGCCUGAUAAAUCCACAGCUUUAUGUCAAGUAGUGAUAAAUGGUAUCUCUUAUUACUGGCCUUGGAGCUCCCUAUCCUUGUCGUCUGACUGGAAUGAGCUGAAUGGGUCAACCUUGGUUUCCUAGAUGAAAAUGCAAUAAAUUACCAAUAGCAGUUAGUUAGCUUUUGCAUGUUCAAAAAGCAAAGACCACCUUAGAGAGAUGGUCUAUAUAGUCCUGUUGCAGUUUAGCCACAUCCUCAGCUAGCAACUAAAUUCAUGUGCUGCUUGCUUAUCCCUCCCCUGCCCCUGGUUGGGAUGGGAGGAGAAUCAGGAAACAAAAGGCAAAACUCGUGGGUUGGGAUAAGAACAGUUUAACAGAACAGUGGAAAAGAAAGAAAAAAACCCCACAACAACAACAACAAUAAUAAUAAUGAAAGAAUAUACAAAGUGAGGGAUACACAGCACAAUCUCUCACCACAUGGUAAUCCCUGUAUGCCAUCCACCUUUUCUGGGCAAACUAUUCCUGUGAAGCAGCAAUCAUGGAUUCCCAACCACAGCCUAUAUUGAAACCUCCCUGCCUCUACCCUGGGUCCCAGACAGCAGCUUGUGCUCAAAACACAACAGCACCAAACCACGCAGUCCAGAGAGUACCCUCGACUGCCCCGCUCCCCAACAGUGACAGAGAGACUACCCCCUGGCCAGCCCCCAUUUUAUAACUGAUCAUGACCUUAUUGGGAUCGAAUAUCCCUUUGUCUAGUUUUGGGUCAGCUGUCCCGGCUGUGUGUCCCCAAAGCUACCUGUGGAAAUUCACCCUACCUUGGCCAACCUAGCACAAGUGCUUUCUAAUCAUCACCUUCAUUGUUCUUUGCUUGCCAGUAUUGUUAAUAAGGAAGGAGUGCACAGCAGUGAUGACAAAUGGGAUUGGAAGCAUCUUACCCCGUAUUUUAUUGCUUCCUCUGUUGUCUCUUUCAGUCGGUUCUUCACUGCAGAGGAUGAAAUCAUUUCAAGUUGUUUCUGGGCAACCUCUGAUGACAGCCCAGCCUGUCCUGCAACCUGAGAAGACAUGAUAUAAUUAAGAGUACUCUAACACUAAAUAUUCUAUUUCCUACUAUGGUCUAAUUAAUUUAAUCUUCAGUGUUAUCACCCAAGGUUUAUUACAAAAAAAAGUACAAAAUACCCUUGAGGCACUUUUUGCACAAUUGUCUUACUGUAUUCCCAACCCAUUCAUAGUUUUUCAACUCUCAGAUAAAACGCAGAAGGGAUAUUUUAAACUUCCAAGCCCUACGUCUGAACUUUUUUUCUUUUCAGGAGUUCCUAAACAGAGAUAAAGAGAGAGAGAGAAAGAGAGAGAGAAGGGGUUUAACCUCUGAUCCAAUGACUUAUCAGAUAACUUACCAAAAAAAGCACGCGUUCUGAAAAAAGAAAAUCUUACUGUACAAGUCUGACAAAACAGUUUGUGUGACAAAUGUAGCCACACAGGAACUAUAAGUGAUACUGCAUGAAAGAGACUGCAGCUCACAGAGGUCAAAGAGUUGCGUUAUUAAUGUAUCUUUUUAGCCUCCUCUGUAUCUCUGCCACACAGGACAUAAAGUGGCCCAGGGUAAAGAUCAGAUGUUUGUCGGGUAACAUCAAAGUUACAAGUACCUGUUUUAAUAAAGUAUUUCACAAACAAUGUUAACUUCCAUGCCAUCUACCUGAUGACAUAUCUUUUUUUCUUAAAAAACAAUCAAAAAACCAACAACAAAACCAAACCAAAAACCAAACCAAAAAACUUAAAGUAUUGCACACAGACCAGUAAUCCUCUGCACGCAGGUGUUAAUGAUUCUUUCUGUUUUCUUUUUUUUUUUUUUUUUCUCCCAAUCACUUUUCAUUUAGCAUCCACGUUUUCUUAUACCUUCUACUUCCACAUCAGGGAGAUUAUGAGCUCUUUCUGACACUGCUUGAAUAUGAGAUAAAAAGGUAUAGCACUAGAGUAGAACAAAAUGCUUUGUAUGCUUGGUAGCCAUGGUGCUUAGACUGCAAUAUUUAUGGAGAAAUGUAGUAUCUGGCUCUCACCAUUUAGGGCAGAAGGGGUAUUUAACCGGACCAGGGCAGGAUUCAAAGACUACACAUGUCUUCUACAGUAAUUUAUGUGAAGUUAUUGCUGACUAAAAAAAAAAGAAGUGAAAAAAAAAUACAAAGGAACUGUAUCAAAUAAACAACAUUCAACUUUUUGUAAUUGUUCAUAAAAUAAAUUCACCUAUAAAGACUCAGAUUAAAUGGCUGGCACCCUUCAUCCAGCUUUGGAUGGUGUAUUUCCACAAGACAGGAAUGUUUAGUACUUGCUGCAGGGGUGAAUUAAAACAGACACAAGCAAACAAGGAGAUGUCUACCUUUCUGCCUUGCUGAGCACAGGUGAAUACUCAAAAACCACCAAACAGUGACUAAAAUACAUAAAGAUCUUUCUGAAUAUAGAAUUUUUUUCUCUGAAGUUCUGCAAAUCCUUGCUUUAUCUUUAUUUAAAUGAUGAUGCAAGGAUGUUCUGUAUAUAUUUAUGUACUGGGUCUGGCUGGGAUGGAGUUAAUUUUCUUCAUAGCUCAUAGGGUUCUGUGGUUUAUAUUUGUGAUCAAACCCAUGCUGAUAACACCCUAAUGUUUUAGCUGUUUUUGAACAAUGUUUGUGGAAUGUUAAGGCCUUCUCUGUUCCUCACUCUCCCUCCCACACCCCCAGUGAACAGCUUGGGGGUGCACAAGAGGUUGGGGAGGACACAGCAAAGCAGAUCACCCAAACUAAACAAAGAGAUGUUCCAUGCCCUGUAACAUCAUACUCAGCAAUCAAAAGUGGGGAGGGGGGUUUAGAGAGGUUGGUCACCUUUUGCUUGGGCACUGGCUGGGCACUGGUCUGCCCACAGGAGGUGAUAAGUGAUUGCCUCUGCAUCAUGUUUUGUUUUCUUUCUGUCUUCUUCCACUUCUCCUUUGCUUAUUAAGCAAUUUUAUGUCUACCCACAAGUUUUCUUCCUUUUAUUGUUCCUUUCUUCUUCCCCAUUCCACUGGGCAGCAGGUAGAAACGAGCAAGUAUCUGUGUAGUGCUUAGCUGCCUGCCAGGGUUAACACACCACAGUAAAUUAUAUCCUUCAAAUCUUGCCUCUUGAAAAGGUGAAGUGCAAACAUUUGCUGAAAUUCUGGUAAAAGGGUACACUAAGAUGAAAUGCAAGGACUAGCCUCUGGGGAAAUGGCAAGACUGCAAGUUUCAGGUUUCAAAUAGGGAAGCUGGAUACGAGAGACUAGCCAUGGAAAAUUCCUCUCUUUUCUUCAUAGUCCAAGAACUUGAAAAAUAAAAUAAGGUAGAAAUGGAGCCCUUAAAGAGGAUCUCAUGGUAAACUAACUUACAUGCCAUUACAGUUUUAACUGUAAUAGAACCUAAACAGUAAAAGAAAAUUAAUCUAAUGAGUACAAUUUCUAAGCAUGUAAUAGGGCAAUAAAGCACUGAACUUAACAGUAAAGCCUGGCUCCAUCACACCAAAGAAAGUCACUUCCAUGACAUGUUGAAUUUACCUGAUGAUUUCAUAAAGCAGCAAAACCUCAGUGCUUUCUGGAGACACUGUUCAUACUUUCACACUUUCACGUAAUAAAACAGCAUUAACAGAUAAUUCGUUGUCCAUCCUGGGUAUCUUGCCACAUGAAUUAACAAAAAAGGAGAUUCUGGUUCCAAGUGUCAUUCAAAGCACGACCAAAAAAACCCAUUCCAAACAUAGCUGCUAAGGAAAUUAAAUCCACUUUUUUCUAGAACUCCAAGUGAUCAUUUGACUAAGCUGUCUUCAUGUGUAUUCUGAUCCAAGCUAUCAAUAAGAAUCUGCAUCAGAAAUGCAGAAGCACCAACAAAAAGGAGACACUUACAGCCAAUAUAUUCUCCGGCUGACUGAUAUCUUCAUGCUGGUAAGAGAAUGAAAUAAGUAAUUCAGUACUUAAGAACAAAAGCUUAGCUCUAGACUUGAAAGCAAGUUUUCUACGAAAAUAGAAAUAAAAACAAUACUAGUUGCUGGAAAAAUUUCCUCAGAAAAAGUUUUAAUUCACCUAAUCUAGGAAUGUAUUAAGUACUUUCUGAUAUGAACUACUGAUCCACUGAGCCCAUAGGAGUCACCGUACAUACCUAAAAAAAGGCAAAUUAAGCUGACUAUAAACUAGUUCUUCUCUUGUAAUGGCUUCUGAACCACUAUGACCCUAAGUUUCCUGCUAUGACUUUUCAUUAAAAGACACUCCCCUUUCUCUUGCUCAAAUUGUACAUUUGAAUGAAGUGGGACACAACAGCAGAGAAAGGAUCAAGUUGACUUCAUAAAAUACUGACCUGUGACCAAAAACGUAUCCAGAACUCCCUAGAUAAGGGUUCUAAGUAUCGUGGUUGUGUCAUGUCAAUGGCUGUGAUAAAGCGCAUGGCCCCAAGAGUGCCUGUGAUUAGGAGGGAGACAGAGAAACAUACUGAAACUAGGCACAGGAUGAGGCACAGAUAUCGUCAGCACAAGUGCUAAUCAUACCUAAGAACAGUAUGAUCUUCUCUGUAACAGUCCUCAAACAGUAAAGCUUAUGUUGAUUUAAAGUAUCUUCCAUGCUAUUAUAAUUCAUCAGCAUAUUUCUCCACAAGUUCCUUUUAUGGUUAAAAGUGUAAAGACUUCAUCUGGCUGUGGCCAGAGAAUUCAUCUUCACCUUUACUGGAAGGGAGAAUUUGAACCCGCAGUGCUGGAGUUGAAAGAUACCAGAUAAGCUGUUUCUUACUUACUUUUACCAAGAAUACGUUGGAAGUCAUCUCCUGAAAUUUGUACAGGCACUUGGUAGUAUUCUGCCAUCCUUUUUAUAUCCUUCAGCAGGUAUUCUGCACGCUUUGGCAACAUUGCUGGGGGCUUGUUACCUUCCAGAAAAAAACUUCUGUUGAGAUUUUCAACUGUACUAUAAUGACCGUGUACAAAACAAAACUGGACAAAUUAGACUUCAUCCAUACAUGUGCCUAAAGAAGAGUAUAAUUUCAUAUUGGCUUACUGAAACAUAUGCAGCAUUUUCAAAGAUAAUGCUUAAACAUGAUUUAUUUUGAUUUUGCACAGAUCAACCCUUUAAGUUAGCAGAACCAGCUUUAAACCAAAGUAUAAAUGUCCUAGCAGGGAUUUAUACUGAUUCAGACAAAUGACUUUUAAGGUAAACAACUAUUAAUGUGUGGAUAAACAAAUGUAGAGACUUGUUAGUUUCAUGAUUUAUGAAUUAUAAGUCUCAGUGAUUAAUUUGUUCCAGUAAGGUCACAAGUACCAUUUUAUGGCAUACGAUCCUUCAAGCAUAUUACAAAGUGCAAGAGUUCCACAAAUAAAUUCAGGUUUGAAUGCAAGGCAAAACUUUAAAAAAACAUUCCAUAUCAAAUUAUUAUCCUGGUUUAGAGCUGGUAAGAUUUGGCAUAGACCAUAUAACCCACCAACAAUCAGAGGUUGUGUAGCUGCAACAGUAUGAAGUCAUUUGUGCCUUAUUUCUCAGUCACUACUGAGCUCCACAAUCCUAUAAUUAGUUUAAUUAGUUCAUUAUCAGUGCCAAAACUUAAUUUAAAGCUAGGACUCUGCAGUCACUAAGAGCUUGCCCACUAGUCAUCUCCUAGUGAAGGUGUUUUGUUUUUUUUUUCCUACAGGGUUAAUUGCCCUAUAUUGCCUACCAGUUGCUUGCAUUAUGCCACCAAGGAAAGCUGGACGAAAGCGCAGAUCAAUAUUCCAGAUGUGCUGGUACCUGCAGAGUACCUGCAACAUAAAAAAAGCAGUGCCAGAUUAUCACUCAGGGGAUGUGUCUGUAGAACUGCAUGCAGCUAGGAAAUAAGCUAAAGCAUGAAAUAAACACGGCAGAUGAAUCUUCUUCUAUUAUAUUAGUGAUAGUCCUCAAAUCCUUUUCUGGAUGCUGCCAGUGAACUCUGAUCUCAGAAAAAUGGAAAGAAUCGCAAGGGUAAAUAAGGAAAAGAUCAAGAUUGUGAGCAGACAAAUGGCACUUGCUAAGCAUCAAAACUAUCCCUAAAGCAAAAUGUUCCCAAGAACUCCCAUAGCACAGGCUAUGCUACCAUUUGGCUGAGACAUGCUUCCUUAGGGUUCCUGAUUACGUGAGGAAGAAACAGAAAUACCCUUUACAAGCGAGAUAAAAAUAAACCCGAAACAUAGGUGGGGAGGGCGCUGACUGCAGCAGGGUGAGAAGGCACCGCGAGUCGGCCGGACAAGCUGCCCUUCGACCGCCUCCUCAAUGGGAGGCUGCGGCUGGAGUGGCUGCCCGAGCCCGUCCGUCCCGGCGCUCAAGCAGCCGCAGCGGGCCGCGGCAGAGGCUCGGGCCCCGGGAGAAGGGCGGGGCGCAUCCAGAACGGGUACCCUCCAUCUCACCUCAAACCCCAACCAGGAGUAAGGGGAUACCACAUCGUAGAAGAGCUCCACGAGCGUCCGCCCCAUCCUGAACAGCGUCCCGUCCCCUCCCCUGCCUUCCAGCGGCCACUACCCAGCGCUCCCCAGCACCUCCCCCGGGGCAGGAGAGGGGCGGUGGCGGAGGCGGAGUGUCCUUCCGCUCCGUAGGCCGCAGCCGCGCUUCGACCUUCUUGGGUCGUUCCCUCCGUCUUUGCCUGUGCCGCUGCCACGGCGUGCCUGAGGCUGAGUCCCAGCUGUGAAGUGCCCUUUGCUGUCUCUCCUUUUAAGUCCGGCUUGAGAGGAAGAGGAGUGAUGGAAGCGGGAGCGAGCCUGUGCCCUUCUCCAUGGCGAGGCAGGAGGAGAGGAGGCUCCAGAGAAGUGAAGCCGGGAGCUGACUCAGCGGGGCAGUCCAGAAUGUUAGCUAGAAAAUUAGUAGUUAUGAACCAUUCUUUCUAUGUUCACUUACAUUUUGUAAAGAUUUUUCUUAUGCUACAAUCUAAAGCACAGAAAUAAUUACUAUUUUUCCUUUUUUGUAUUAUCCUUUAUUAUUAUGUUAUAUAGACCAGUCAAGUAAUCUGGAAGUCUCUUUCUGCCUCUUCAUGAUAUUUAAAAAUCUUGUCAAGUAUAUUCCAAUAUCUCAUUGAAAACAGUACAUAGUAUGUAGUGGCAAAAUAUUAUCUUGCUACUUCCCAUCUCCUUUUUGAGAGUACAUUCAUUUUAGUAUUUUAGUAUUUAUUAUUUUAAGAAGUAAAUGACUCUUGCCUGGAGCUACAUGUCGAGGUGAUUACUCUCCCUUAGGAUCACUUUUAACAAAGUGACUUGCCUUUGGCAGACUUGUCUUCCCUUUUGAAUUUCUUCUUCACUACUUUCAGUCCAGGUCAGAAUGGAUAAAGUUGCACAAACAUCCUAUGCAUCACAGAAUCAUAACAGUACAGAGUACUUGUAUGCUCCCACAAUAUUCCACAGGAAGCUCCAUUCAGUGCUGAGAGGGAGACAUCCAUGGAAAUGUAGAUUUGACAGGAUACUCAAUACGAAGAAGUAUUCACUUAAUCCCAGUGCAAUUUCUUCUGCCUCAGCCCUUGGCACAGGGUUGUAUGGUGUCCUGAGGCUCGAGUAAUGAGAUUAAUUAAAUUCUUUGGGAAAGAGUUUGCUUUUCUGUGUGUCUUCUCAGCUGUUUGGGACAAACUUUAUGUAUCAUGAUGGAGAGAAUAACUGUUGUUUUUAUGUACAAAUAUCUUUCCUGUACUGAGGGCUCCCGGGCUGGAUGCAGUAUUCUAGGUGGGGUCUCGCUACAGUGGAGUAGAGGAGCAGAAUCGCCUCACUUGACCCACUGGCCACACUCCUUUUGAUGCAGCCCAGGAUAUGAUUGGCUUUCUGGGCUGCAGGUGCACAUUGUCAGCUCAUGUCCAGUUUGUCACCCACCAGUACCCCCAAGUCUUUCUCUGCAGGGCUGCUCUCAAUCCAUUCAUCCCCCAGCCUGUACUGAUCCUGGGGAUUGCCUCGACCCAGGUUCAGGGCCUUGUACUUGGCCUUGUUUAACUUCAUGAGGUGAGGUUCUUAUUUUCUCAUUUCUCAAACCUCUCAGUGUAUCUUUGGUUGGCACCCCUUCCCUCAAACUGCACUACGCAGCUUGGUGUCAUCCACAAACUUGCUGAGAGUGCACUCAAUCCCACUACUUAUGCCAUUAAUAAGUAUAUGGAACAUUAAUGGUUCCAAUAGGGACCCACGAGGGACACCACUUGCUACUAAUUUCCAUUUGGACUGCAACUCUUUGGAUGUGGCCAUACAGCCGAUUCCUUAUCCACCAAACUCAAUUCUGUGAGUAGCCAGCUCUCUGAUUCCUCAGGGGCAGCUAGUCCUGUGGUCUGUAUUUAAGUGAAAGACAUCCCUCAGUUCCCUCAGUUUUCACUGUUUUCUAAUGUUAUAUACACACAAAGACAUACAAAUAAUACCUAUAUAAAAUUAUGAGUCAGUUAAAGCACUAUUUCACUUUUUACAUAGUACUCAAUGUUCAAUAUGAAUAAGAAAAAUAGAUCUUAUUUGAAUUAAUUGUCUUCUUGAUAAGCAUUUCAAAGCACGUAAGGAAAAGAAUAGGUUUUAGUUUAAUUUUAGAUAAUAAAAUAGCCUUAAUACAAGAAAAACUAUAGAAAACAAAAUUAAAGACAUAGCACAACAGAGAGUCAGGGAGAUGGGCAGCUGAGAUCCAAAACUGCUUGUGCAUUUGACAGUUAAACUCUCUGAGGCCGGGCAAUAGCUAGGAUCAGAUCUAGAAAAACACAAUCUCCUGACACUUGCUCUCCCUCAGGUUUUGUGACUAAAGAAAAAACAAAUGAAUAGACAAACAAACAAAAAAAAAACCCAAAGCAAUCCCCCAAAAACCAAACUGGCAAACUGCAUGUUUUUCAUAUCACUGAGAUUAAAAUUCCCUAAUCAACUGCAUAUCAGUGUUCUUAUUUGGCACAUGUCUUUCCUCUGUUUUAAUUCUCCUCAUUUACCUGCAAGAUGGAACAACAGUUUACAAGCUGUUGGAGUUGCAAUUUCUGGGAAAAGCACUUGUCAAAUUGUUGGAUUCGUGUGACUGGAUCCUGUAAAGAGUGCAAUACUACCAGCAAACAUUUAGUUUCAACUUCUUAUACAGAAGACUAGCAGUUGUAUACAAGAUUGUAUGAUUCUUCCACCACAAGAGUUAAACUAAAAUUUUUGGUUCACAUCAAAACAUCCCUAGUGGACAUGAGGUGCAGCAAGAAAAAAGCUUUAAUCACCAAAAGUGCUUUGGAAAUUAAAAGCUACCCUGAUUUUCAGUCUCUUUCUUUGUAGGAUUCCCAUCUUCCAUUUCCUUGAGUUGCUCCAGGACUAUUUUCUUCAUCACUGUCCCCAUUAUAAAACGGUACCGUUGUUUUUGAACUCUCUGAAACGUGAUCUAGGCAAAUGAGAAAGUGUGUGAUACCAGAUUAAACUCUCCUUGGUUGCUAAGACUAUAUUAUGAGGAAAAGAGUAAGCUGCAGUAAUACCACCCAAGUCGAGGAGAUUCUUGGGCAGUAUUACUCCUGCAAGGUAAAGAGCUUACAGUGGAAUAGCUAAGAAAUCCCUCAGGGGCUCCAUAACACCUCUCAUGGCUCACAGGGGAGGCGAGCCAUAAAGGGAGGAAAGCAGUCAACAGGAAGAAGCCUAUAGAUACACAUAGCUGCUGGGAGAUAUAAAUUAUUUCUUCAUUUGUUCCUGCUUUAAAUAAUUGCAGCAAAGGCCUUUUGUCUGUAGUUUGUUUGGGUUUGUUUGUUUGACUUAAACUGAUCUAUGUUCUGUGGCACAAAUGAAUUGUCCCUGUGAGAGGAAUUGGCAGAGUUCAGUGGUCAGGAAACCCCCCUUCUCAAAUCUAGGAAUUUUCUGUUUUGUAGUAGAUUUGGGAGCUGCAAAGUAUCGGAUUGGGCCACAAGGAAAUACUAGCCUCAGUUGUUUUCCCUUUACAAAAGCAAGACACACAGACCUGGGAGGCCAGUCAUGCCCUGCUUUUCCAUCAUCAGGUUAGAGUUGAUCUCUUCAUAGACAGCCUCAGAGAAUGGGUCAUAGGAUACUCUGGAGCCUGAAAGUAAAAGGCAAUAAUCACUCACACAGUCUUUGUUCAUACUCAGGAUGGGGUAACAAAAAAUAGAAGUGACCUAAAGGUGUCUAUAUAGCCUGGCUGGUACCCAGAAAUUCACCAAAAGGUGCUGACUAAUAAGCAUUGCCGAACUCUUUCACUACCAGAUUGUAAGUGGAAAUCUCAGUGUGGCAGUAGAUGCCAUUCAUCUUAGUCAACUAUCCCCCAGGCUACCCAGCCAACUAAACACUUGCCAGCCAUGUCAAGGACGCAUUUCACGUCAGUCCUGAGAGACCUACCUCUCUGCUGUACCCUGGCACUUUGGAUCUGUCCAGCAAGAAUGGCAAGGACCAAGCAGAGAAGGGCCCCCAGAAAAAUGCAGAUGAUGACAGGUGUUGAAAUUCUUGUCCUCUCUGUUGCAGGGUGGUGUGGAGGAUCUGAAUGGAAAUGGAGAGUCAACAGGUAGAGAAUCAGGUGACCCAAAGCACUGCUUCUCUGUAGCCUCCUGCUGUGCCCAUUCUAGCAGAAGGAGGCUGGUCACCUGCUACCCAGUUGUGGGUCUUGCUCAAGCACCUAGAAUUCAGCAACUGGGCAUAGUGCUACUUGGCUCUCCUUUACAAAAGGCUAUGGAAGAUGCUUUCUGAUGAGCUAGAAUAUACUGCUGAUUUACCUGCUGUGCAAGUAUCAUGGACAUUAAAUGCUCAUUUGACAGGAGAAUGAAAGAGGGAAGAAGGAGUGUUUUACCUGCUCUAGUGGAUGAUGCUGUCAUUUCUGUCAUACCUGCAAAAGGAAGAUCUGUUUAAUGAAUCAAAGGACCAGUCACUAACCAGAGCAAUCCACGGCAGCAUCUUCCUUAUGAUCACAGUUUUUGCUGAACAAGGGCUUGGCAGGACAGUCCCAAAGAGAUAGCUCUGUUCCUUUACAGUGCACCUUUUCCAACCAGAUAGGACCACUCCCUUCCCCAAAUGCCGCUUCGCUCAGAGCAGACACAGCAGAUCCACAACCCAGCUGUCUGCAUACAACAUUAGCGUCUGCCAUGUCCCAAGAAUCAUCACAGACUGUUCCCCAAGAGCCGUGGUGCCAAAUCUCCACUCUGCCUGAACAUCCAUCCUGUCUUCCUAUGACUCGUAACUUCUUGUCUGCAAAACACAGAAACCUUCUCUACUGCUGAAAAAACAGGAAGGUCUGUAGGGACCAAUAAGGAGAAACAAAGACAUAGAGGUAUCUGAACAACUUGUAGAUUUUGGACACUCAGAAAAUGUGGCUGGAGACUUUGCCUCUUUUCUUCCUGCAGAAUUUAAAUACUGAAGUAAAUAAUUUGAUUAUUCUCUGAAAAGACUGAGGGAGUAUAAAAUGCCAGAAAAUUAAUCACCAAGUUAUUUUUUGCUGUUACAUUUAUACUGCCUAUUUAUUUCUUGGGGAUCACUGUUUGGCUAUUGUUGUGAAUAAAAUAAUCUUCCUGAUGA